AGACACACAAAACACGAUACCUCUUCCCUUCCCCACUUCUAACAUGGAGAACGUUUUUACUCAAUCUGCACUACUCUGUGUGUUGUUUCUUAGUAGUUCAAUAGUUGGAGGUUGCUCUCCUACAAUGGAAGAAGAGGUCCAAAAGAAUUGGCGAACAUUGAUGGCCCCUCUACUUCAUGUGAAUUUCUCUUCAUCGGAUCAUAUAUCAACUCAAGCUGACCCAGUAUAUUAUUUUGCAGCAUAUGGAUCGAUUCCUUCAGACGACGCUAUCAAGUAUUACGGAUUAGAGGCCACCAUGGACAUUUAUGGCUUUAAUCUAGAGCAUGGACAACAAACCGGAGGUUUCAUUUGGAUUUACAAUACGGAUGAAGCAUCUGCCGUGAAUAAAGUUAUAGCUGGAUGGAAUGUUGAGCCUGAAUCGUACAAUGAUUCACAGACGCACUUCAGUACUUGGUUUAUUGAAGGUUCUAAUGUUUGUCCUGAUAUGCGUUGUCCUGGAUUCGAAAGUGUAUUUAGCUCAGAAAUCGUUCCUGGAAUGGUGAUUAGCCCUGUUUCCACCACCUCUGGCAAGAAACAAUACAUUACAGUCAGAGUAUCCAAGGAUCAAAAUUCCGGUGAUUGGCAAAUCUACUAUGGCUUUAAUGGGGAUGCCAAGCUUGCAGGUUACUAUCCAAGAUCUCUGUUUACAAGCUUGUCAGAUAAACCAGUGACAAUAUUGUUUGGUGGCUAUGCCUUGAGAAAGGAUCAAAAGCCAAGUCCUCCAAUGGGCAGCGGGAAUGCCCCGUUUAAAAACGCCGCAUCAUUUCGUAGUAUCAAGUUUUUUGAUGCCGGUGGCAACGCCCAUCCAAUCGAUUUUCGUCUCGGAUUUAUAUCAAAUUGUUACACUAUUUCUGUUAUUGAAAAUGAUGGGUUCUUUUAUGGGGGACCUGGCAAUAUUUGCUAGUAGUUUGUAAUCGAGCUUCAACUUAGUGUAAUGAAUAUCCUGGGGACUGCACCCACAGAGAAAUUGAGCUUCAAUAGAGUUCAUCACAA